AUGGUGUGGGAGAGGUUAUUGCGCAUUGGUGUGUCUCGGUCAUCUCCUUGGUUUACUGUGGGUGAUUUCAAUGAGCUAACUGGCAACCAUGAGAAGCGGGGAGGAAAGCUUCGCCACCCCUCUUCAUUUCUUGCUUUUAAUGGGAUGAUUCAAGAUUGCGGUUUUUUGGAUUUUCCAUAUCUAGGCGAUUGUCUAUCUUGGCGAGGCUGGCGGGACAAAAAACCAAUCCGUUCUCGGUUGGAUAGAGCCCUGGGUAAUGAAGAUUGGCAUGAAUUGUUUCCAGACACGGUCCUCGAAUAUUUACCUAUGAUUGCAUCUGAUCACAAGCCCAUUGUGGUGAAUAUAGGGGCUAAAAGGCCACGGGGAAAGAGACGUUUUACGUUUGACCCCCGGUGGAUUGGGAAGGAUGGAUUGAUGGAGGCAAUUGAGGCAGGAUGGGUGGGGGGAUCUCCUCAGAUUUCACCUAAUUUUAUGGACAAAAUUGUAAAUUGUCGCCGGGCUAUUUCUCAAUGGCGUAAGAACCAAGUUCCUUUUGGUAGGGACACAAUUGAGGACCUAAAGAGCCAGCUGUCUGUCGCACAGGCUGAUGAUGCCACUCCCCUUUCGGUUAUCACAGAUUUAAAUGCACGAUUGUGGGAAGCCUAUAAAGAUGAAGAGGUAUAUUGGUAUUUGAAGAGUCGUAAUAAGUGGAUGCAGAUGGGGGAUCAGAAUUCAAGGUAUUUUCAUGCUCUGACUAAGCAGAGACGGGCCCGCAAUCGGAUUACAUGUCUUUUUGAUAAAAAUGAGAUCUGGUCUACGGAGGAUGUUGAUAUCUGCAAUAUCGCAGUCUCGUAUUUUGCUGAUUUAUUUACUACGUUGCAUCCGACCAAUUUUGAUGAGGUCUUAGGUGAGGUACGCCCGGUCAUUACAGCUGAGGCCAAUGCCCAGUUAACGGCCCCGGUCACAGAAUUAGAGGUCCGUGCAGCUCUAUUUAUGAUGCAUCCGGACAAGGCCCCGGGCCCGGACGGGAUGACCGCCUUGUUUUACCAAAAAGCAUGGCAGAUUGUCAAAGGAGACCUUGUUUCACUGGUUAAUGGUUUUUUCGAAGAGGGAGUUUUUGAUAGAGGUUUAAACACUACACACAUUUGUCUCAUCCCAAAAGUGGCUAAGCCAACUCGGAUGACGGAGCUGCGUCCAAUUAGUUUGUGUAAUGUGGGAUAUAAGAUCAUCUCAAAGAUCAUGUGUCAACGGCUAAAGAAGUUUUUACCGGACCUUAUUUCGGAAACACAAUCGGCUUUCGUCCCAGGUCGUCUUAUCUCGGAUAACAUCCUCAUUGCCCAGGAAAUGUUUCACGGCUUACGGACUAAUCCGUCUUGCAAAGGGAAGUUCAUGACAAUUAAGACGGACAUGAGCAAGGCAUAUGACCGAGUGGAGUGGGUGUUUAUUGAAAAAUUACUCUACAAGAUGGGUUUUGAUGAAAAAUGGAUUAGAUGGAUUAUGUUUUGUGUUAGUUCCGUUGAGUACAAAGUUCUUCUGAAUGGUCAACCGAAUGGUCUGAUUAUUCCGGAAAGAGGCUUAAGACAAGGGGACCCGCUAUCUCCUUAUUUAUUUAUUUUAUGCACGGAGGUUUUAAUUGCCAAUAUUCGGAAGGCGGAGGUAGAUAAAUUAAUUACAGGGAUUAAGGUGGCCAACCAAUGCCCUCCGAUCACACAUCUUUUAUUUGCGGAUGAUAGUCUAUUCUUUUGUAAGGUCGCAAAAGAUCAAUGUGAGGUCAUUUUGAAAAUUUUACGGAACUAUGAGGCUGUCUCGGGUCAGCAAAUUAAUUUUGCGAAGUCCUCUGUCCAGUUUGGUCAUAAGGUUGCGGAACAGACUAAAAUGGAGAUUCAAGGAAUUCUUGGCAUAACAACUCAGGGUGGCAUGGGCUCGUACCUGGGACUACCUGAGAGCUUAGGAGGGUCUAAGACAAAGGUUUUUUCGUUUGUCCGGGAACGAUUGCAGGGUCGUACGACUGGUUGGUCGGCGAAACUACUCUCUAAAGGGGGGAAGGAGGUUAUGGUCAAAUCGAUUGCUACUGCGGUCCCGACGUUUGUUAUGUCUUGUUUUCGGCUACCGAAGACGAUUACAUCCAAACUUACCAGUGCAGUGGCAAAUUUUUGGUGGAGUUCGGAUGGUAGGACGGGUGGUAUGCACUGGCUAGCCUGGGACAAGCUAUGUUGCACCAAGCAGAUGGGCGGUCUAGGUUUUCGGAAUGUUGAUGAUUUCAACUCGGCUUUGUUGGCAAAACAAUUAUGGAGACUUAUUGAAUUUCCUGAUUCACUGUUUGCCAGGGUUUUUAAAGGUAGGUAUUAUAGGAAUUCGAAUCCCAUGGAACCGAUUCGUUCUUACUCCCCUUCUUAUGGAUGGCGGAGUAUAGUUUCAGCUUGCUCUCUGGUACAAAAAGGGCUUAUUAUACGGGUUGGUUCGGGAGAAUCCAUUUCAAUAUGGACUGAUCCCUGGAUACUAGCUCAAUUCCCGAGACCAGCUAUCAGCAAGGGCCCGUUUAAGGACCCUUCUCUUAAAAUUUCACACUUAAUUGAUUGUCGGACGCGUUUGUGGCGGAUGGAUGUGCUCUCUGAGCACUUUGAUCCAGUGGAUGUUGAGUUGAUAGGUGCAUUACCUUUAGGAAGCUGCCCCAAGGAUGAUACCCUUGGUUGGCAUUUUACGAAAAAUGGGAGGUAUACAGUUAAGUCUGGUUAUCAUGCGGCGCGAUUGACGACUCAAGGGCCUUUUAAAGCGCCUGGGGUUGGGCCAGAAAUAACCUCUCUUCUAGCUAGUGUUUGGAAUGUUCGCUGCCCACCAAAAAUACAACAUUUUAUGUGGCAAGCUUUGUCUGGGUGUAUGCCGGUUUCACGGAAUUUGCGGCGACGUGGCAUUGCAUGUGAUUUGGGAUGCUCCCGUUGUGGUGCUGAGGAGGAAACAGUAAACCAUGUUUUGUUUCUCUGUCCACCGGCGCGCCAGGUGUGGGCCUUGUCCCAGGUACCGGUAGGAUCGAAUUGUUUUCCAGUGGAGUCUGUUUUUGCAAAUAUGGAUCAUUUUCUGGAUCCCAAAAGCCCGGGUUCUCAUGUGGCCGCAUUCCCGUGGAUUUUGUGGUUUUUAUGGAAGGCGCGUAAUGCAAAGGUUUUUGACAAUAUUACAGAGCGCCCAGAGGAGACUGUCCGGAUAGCUGAAGGUGAGGCUUUGUCCUGGCUUAAGGCUCAGGAGGAGGGUGAAGAUGGGGUUACACUUGUCCAGUCAAGGGUUGCGGAAUCUCGCCCACAGAGACCAAACGGCUCUCUACCUUUGCUUUUUACAGGAUAUCGCUGUUUCGUCGAUGGUUCUUGGAAGUCGGAUGAUCGGUUCGCAGGAGCGGGGUGGUUCUGCACUCAGUCCCAGGAUCAAAGGCCAAACAGGGGAGCUACUAACUUUCGGCGAAGUCUCUCCCCCUUACAUGCAGAAGUGGAAGCUUUCAUUUGGGCGAUGCGUUGCAUGAUCGGACAUGACUAUCGUGAGGUGGCUUUCUACUCAGACUGUGCAGAUUUGGUGAAGAUGGUGUCUUCGCCACUUGAUUGGCCGGCGUUCUCAACUUACCUAGAUGAUAUACGGAUGGACAGGGAGGAGUUCACUUCUUUCUCUUUAUCUUAUAUUCCCAGAAAUGCAAAUUCAAAAGCGGAUACUCUGGCACGCUAUGCGCGCACAUCUCCGCACAAUGUUUUAGUUAUAUAA